GGACCAGCGCCGCGUGGACGUGUCACACACACCGCCGUGUUCUAGCUUCCUUCUUCUUCAUCCCUUCUCCUCCCGCUCUUCUCUCCGUCACCUCCUCUGCUCGUCCAUCGCAACCAUGGCUGAGAAACCGGCAAAGAAAAAGAUGUUUGGCGGAAUUCCCGUCCUCUCGCAGGCCACGAGCGUGGUCUCGGGCACUGUCGGCGCUGCUACUAAUGUUGUCGGCGCGGGUGCUGGUCUUGUGGGCAACGUCGCCGGAACCGCCCUCGACGUCGCCACCCUCGGCGCUCUCAAGACCGAAGAAGACCCCACCGAAACCGACCCUCUCUGGCAAAUGCACCGCGAGCCCGAACCCGUCUCCGAAAAAGAAAUCGAAGCGAAAAAGAAGCGCAAGCGCACCAUGGCCGAAGGCGUCGGCGCCUGGGUCGACGAUCUCGCAGAGGACUACGACGACGAGGACUUCCGCGACCGCGUCACCUUCCUCGAGACUUACCUCAAAGACAAGUUCUACGGCGACUGGUACCACAACGCCGCCGUCAUCUUCGUCACUUCCUUCUUCUCCUGGCUCGUCGCCAGACUCGGUGGUGGCCUCGUCUGGCUCGUGAUCAUCUGCGCGUUCACCGCAACCUACUACCGUACCUCAAUCAUCCGCGUCCGCAACCGCGUCCGCGACGAUAUCGCCCGCGAGGCCGCCCUCGUCAAGCUUGAGACCGACGCCGAGACCAUGGAGUGGCUCAACUCCUUCCUCGUCAAGUUCUGGGCUAUCUACCUGCCUUCCCUCAACGAUAUGGUCAUCCAGAUUGCCAACCAGAACCUCGCCGGUGUUCCCACCCCAACCCCUAUCGAUGGUGUCACUCUCUCGCGAUUCACCCUUGGAUCAAAGCCCCCCCGCAUCGACCUCGUCCGCACUUACCCCAAGACCGAGGACGAUGUCGUCGUCAUGGACUGGGGUUUCUCCUUCACCCCCAACGAUACCGCUGAUCUCACCUCUCGCCAGCUCAAGAACAAGGUCAACCCGCUCGUUGAGCUCCAGGUCCGUGUCGGAAAGGGAGUCAUCUCCAAGAACUUGCCCGUUUUGGUCCAGGACAUGGCCUUCAAGGGUUUGAUCCAGAUCAAGCUCAAGCUCAUCACCACUUUCCCCCAUAUCCAGACCGCGAGCAUCUCGUUCUUGCGCCAGCCAUACUUCGACUUUGUUCUCAAGCCCAUCGGUGGUGAGACUCUCGGAUUCGACAUCAACUUCAUCCCCGGUCUCGAUGGCUUCAUCAAGUCCAUGGUCCACGAUAACCUCGGCCCCAUGCUUUACGACCCCAACUCCUUCUCCCUCAACGUCGAGCAGAUGCUUGCCGGCAACCCCGCCGACGCUGCCAUCGGUGUCCUCGCCGUCACCGCCUACAACGGUCGCAACCUCCGUGGCUCUGACGCUAUCGGCAACACCGUCGAUCCUUACAUCAAGUUCUUGCUCGGCAGCCAGGGUGAGGUCGGUCGUACCUCCAUCAAGUCCGACACCAGCAACCCGCGCUGGAACGAGACCAAGUUCUUCCUCGUGCGCUCGCUCACCGAUCCUCUCAUCAUGGAGGUCAUUGACUUCAACGACGUCCGUAAGGACAAGAAGAUCGGCGAGGUCACUUUCCCCAUCGAGAGACUCGACGCCGAGCCCGAGGUCGAGAACCAGGUCGGCAAGGUCGUCCACAACGGCAAGGAGCGCGGCGAUGUCAUCUUCGACGCCCGCUUCUUCCCCAUCCUCGGCGGCAAGACCCUCGAGGACGGCACCGUCGAGCCCCCUCCUCAGCUCAACACCGGUAUCAUGCGAUUCACUUUCCACCAGGCCAAGGAUCUCGGCAAGGCCGCCAAGAAGGGCUUUGCUUCCGGCGGUCUCAACCCGUUCGCCAAGUACUACCUCGACGGAAAGCUCAUCCACACCACUCGCAUGCUCAAGCGUACCAACGAUCCCGUCUGGGACGAGGCUAAGGAGGUGCUCAUUACCAACAAGACUUCGGCUAUGAUCAGGGUUGUUGUCUCCGACGACAAGGAUCUGAGCGGAUCGUCCGACAUCUGCAGCUACCAGAUCUCGCUCGAGGAGCUCUUGACCGAGAACGAGAAGGCCAACGACUGGUUCUCCCUCAGCCCUGCGGGCGCCAAGUGCCGUCUUUCGGCUCAGUGGAAGCCUGUUGCUGUCAAGGGUAUCUCUGGAUCGGGCGGCUACGUCAAGCCCAUCGGUGUCAUGCGAUUCCACCUCAAGAAGGCCACUGACUUGAGAAACCUCGAGACUGUUGGAAAGGUUGACCCGUACGUGCGCGCCAUGGUCAGCAACUACGCAAAGAACCGGACUGUUACCAUCCACGGCGAUCUCAACCCCGAGUGGGACGAGGUCAUCUACGCUACUAUCACCUCCGAGAAGGAGAAGAUCGCGCUCGAGGUCAUGGACUCCGAGAGCAGCGGAAAGGACCGAUCGCUCGGCCUGGUCACCCUGAACGGCCAGGACUUUAUCAAGAAGAACGAGAAGGGCGAGUUCGUUGAGUACAUCGACCCCACCGAGCGCUCGGCUGCUCUUACGAUGUCCGGCCGCGCUCCCAAGGGUACUCUCUUCUACACUGCUUCGUUCUUCCCCAUCCUCGGAAUCAUGGAUCCUGAUGACAUUGCUGCUGAGGAGAAGGCAAAGAAGGAGGCUGAGGAGGCCGAGGCCAAGCUUACCCCCGAGGAGCGCAAGAAGCGCGACGAGGAGGCUGCUAAGAAGGCCGCGGAGGAGGCGAAGAAGGCUGCUGAGGAGGCCAAGAAGGCACCCACCACUGUCACCAACGGCGUCGCUCCUAACGGUGCCGAAGCUGCUGCUGUGGUCACCGCCGAGGAGCCCAAGGAGCCUGAGUUGAUCCGCAUGGACAAGGACGAGGUUCUCAAGCAUGACUCUGGAUUGAUUGUCUUCAAGAUCAUCGAGGGAUCGUUCUCCAAGAACGAGGUUUUCGUGCAGGUCUUCUUUGAUGACUUCCUUUUCCCCUCAUAUGUGAGUGGCCGCACUCACGGCAGAAAGGCCAAGUUCGAGGAAGUCGGCGACGGCUUCAUUCGCGAGCUUGAGUGGUCCAAGAUCCACAUCCGGGUCACCACCAAGGAGCAAUCUACUCGCGACGACACCGAGGGCGUUAUUGCGUCGACCACUGGAUCUACGCUUGCGCACCUGAAGUCUGGCUACGCGACCCCUGUCAAGAUCGCGCUGCAGAGCAAGGAGCCUGGUAUGCCCAACGAUCUCUCGAUGAGCUUCAAGUUCAACCCGAUCAUCAUGGCGCUUGACCCCAUGGAGUCGCACAUCAACCAGGGAUUCCUCAAGGUCACCCUCGUUGACGCGACCAACCUGCCUGCUGCUGACCGCCGCGGCAAGUCGGACCCGUACUGCGUGUUUGAGAUGAACGGCGAGAAGGUGUACAAGUCGCAGGUCAUUAAGAAGACGCUGAACCCGUCCUACAACGAGUCGUUUGAGUGCUCGGUCCCGAGCCGCACUAAGGCGCAGUUCGUCUGCAACGUGUUUGACUGGGACAUGGGUCCGGCUGAGGACGAUUUCCUCGGCAAGGGUCUGAUCGACGUCGUGCAUCUCGAGCCGAUGGAGACCGCCGAGCAAAUCAUCACGCUCGACGGAAAGUCCGGCCAGGUCCGUGUGAUUGUGCAGUUCCGACCCGAGUACGUCAUGCGCGCUACAGUCGGCACCGCUGCUCUGAACGGCACGCUUGCCGUUCCCGGCAAGGUCAUUUCGGCUCCUAUCAAGGGCGUCGGUUUUGCGGCGGGAGGAGUCGUGAAGGGUGCGUCGUUCUUCCGACAUGGAUUCAAAUCGUCCAAGGAUAAGAACGGCAGCUUGGCUGAUGACGCUGCGAGCAUGCGAAGCGGCCGAACGACGAGUAAAAAGAGUGUGAAAUAGUCUGUGUGUUUUCAGUAUAUUUGUUUGUUGAUGUUCUGUGUGAUUUAUAGUUGAUUUAUUGAUUUGCUUGUUAAAGCAAACUGUAUUUUUGUGUAUCUGCCUUUGAUAUUCUCUUAUAUAUAAAAUCUUUUUUUGGCA